AUGUCAUUUCAAGAUGUGUUGACUAGAGGGGAUGAUUUUCUUAAUGAUUAUCCCAGAACUCAUCCAUUAUGGAAUUUAGCAUCACAUGCUACUUGUUUAUUCAUGAUUACUGGAUCGAAAAUUGUUUUAAAUACUAUGUAUAAACCAUAUUUACAUAAUAUAGAGAAAUUAGAUUAUGCUUUAACCAAAGCAAGAUUAGAAAAUAGAAGUUUAUUAACAGUUAUGAAUCAUAUGUCCGUUGUUGAUGAUCCAGCAUUUUAUGCUGCAUUACCUUGGAGAUAUCAUUUAGAUGUUGAUACUAUUAGAUGGGGAUUUGGAGCUCAUAAUGUUUGUUUUAGUACUACUAUACAAAGUUGGUUUUUCAAUCUAGGUAAAAUCUUGGGUACUAAAAGGUUUGGUGAGGGCCCAUUUCAAGGUUCAAUAGAUGCAGCAAUCAGAAUAUUAAGUCCUGAUGAUACUUUAGAUCUUGAAUUCACACCAGGAGUUAAAGAAGAAGAAAAACCUUUAUUAUUACAAACAGUUAAUAAUAUUGGGGAUGCACGAACUAGUACUGAUUUAGUUAAAUUUAUUAAACCGACCCCUGAAUCAACUAAUGUGUUAUUAAGAAAAAACCCAUUUAUUAGAACUAAAACAUCAUGGUUUCAUGUUUUCCCUGAAGGGUUUGUAUUACAAUUACAAGAACCACAUCAUAAUUCAAUGAGAUAUUUUAAAUGGGGGGUUUCGAGACUUAUACUUGAAAGUACUAGAACCCCAAUAGUUGUUCCAUUAUUUUCAUUUGGUUUUGAAAAAGUUGCCCCUGAAGAUAAAUCUGACGUUGGAUUUAAAAGAUGGUUGCCAUCUAAUUUCGGAGCUGAAAUUCAUAUUUGUGUUGGAGAUCCAAUUAAGGAUGAAGUUUUAGAAGAUUAUCGAGAACAAUGGAGAAAAUUAGUCAAGAAAUAUAUAAAUAAAUCAAAUCCAACUGAUCUUUCUGAUGAAUUAAAGCAUGGUAAAAAAGCUCAGAAAUUAAGAUCUGAUUUAGCUGCUUAUCUUAGAGAAAGAGUCGUUGAAAUUAGAAAUCAAACAGGUAUGUUUGAUCCUGAAGAUAAAAGAUUUAAGGAUCCACAUUUUUGGAAACUUUUCACAAAUACUGAAGGAUUAAGUGAACCAAAUGUUAAGUUUGUGGGUAAGAAUUGGGCUAUUAAAAGAUUACAAUCCCAUUUACCAGAAUACAGACCAGAUGAUGAUAAUGAUAUGAACGAAACUAAUGAUGUCAAAAAAACAUAA